AUGAUUAAAAACCUGAAGGAGUUUUUGGUGGCAGAGGAGGAGACAAUCACCGAAUUAAAGCAAUUAAUGGUAGGGUUUUCGCACUUGAAUUCAUUGGCAUUCAAUGGCGACGAACCAGAGUUAAGACAUCCCAUCGAUGUCUAUCUACUCAUCAGACGUAUGGCCGUCGAGUGGAAAGAGAUUUCUGACCUCUUGAAGGAAACUGUGGACACCAUUCGCAGCAUUCAAGUCAAGCAAAUUGGUCUGGAUAAUAGUCAAGCACAGAUUUUUAAUCAAAUAAGUUCAGUCAAAUUUAUGCCGCAAACAAACCAGAAACCUGUGACGGAUGAGGAGUUUAAUGACGCUGUCAAUGGAGUUAUAAAUCUGGUAAAUGUGUAUAAACUGGACGUGAAAUCCCUGGCCAAUGGUGUCCUACGAUAUAAUGACAGCAUUACGGGUGUGGAGAAAGUGUUUGUCAGGCGGGAGACUAACAUAACGUUAAGCGCUUACGACUGCCUCCUGAUUGGCAAACAAACCUAUCAUAACAACGAUUACCCGAACGCCAGGCUAUGGUUUGAGGAGGCGAUCAGCAAAGUGGAUGAGGACGAGGCACCCGACGAGACCAGGGCUCAUAUAUUCAACUACUUGGCCUACACUGAGGCCAGAAGUGGACGACUAAAGCAAGCGCUCACUUACAUUAAGUUUGCUUUUGCUUUGUUUCCAGAAUCCGAGUCAACCGAUACUAUUCAACAAUUGAAA